GGAGCUUGGAUAUUGCUUGAACGAGUUUGGAAUGAGCCUCAUGAGAUUUAGAUAAACUCAUUAUUCAUCCCUUACCUUAACUGCUAACACACACGAUAUUAACAAACUAAUAUUCCUCCACAAAUGAAGGUUAACAUGACUAAUCUUUGUAUUUCUGAUGUGAUUUUAGUAAAUUGACUCUAGGAAAAGAAGCCAGAUCUCUUACUAAAAUAAAGAAGAAGGACGAAAAGUGCAUGACAACACAGUUUUAGCUACGAGACGUAAACACGAAGCGACUUCCAUUAAAGAAACACGCAAACUCUCAGAUACUAGUACGUCCCUGAGAAACUACCCUGCUGUACGUUGUAUUUCCUUCAAGUUAUAGUAGAGUGAGAAAUGGCGUCUGAAAUGGAUGAUGAAUUUCCUGCGGACUUGGCAGGAUUUGGCUAUGAGUUUAAAGACGGAAAGUUGAAGAAUAUAAAGACAGGGGAACCAUUUGUGUUUGUUGUACGAGAAGAUGAUCACGCCUACAAUCAAAAGCAUUAUGAAGCACUAGGAGAGGUUAUAACAGAAGAAGUUUACAAACUUUUGGAGUCAGAAUGCAACCUCAAAAGGAGCCCCAUUCCAGUUGGCGCCUCUAAGAAUGAACCCAGCACAUUUAUCUUUUUAUCAGAGGAUGCUCUUGAGAAUGCUGAUAGAUUAUUAGUCCUUAUCCAUGGAAGUGGAGUUGUUCGCGCUGGGCAGUGGGCUCGAAGGUUGAUAAUCAAUGAGAAUUUGGAUUGGGGAACACAAAUCCCGUUCAUUAAAGAAGCACAGAAGUUAGGCUAUGGAAUAUUAGUCAUGAACACAAACGACAAUAGCUACACAAUUAAAGGCAGUCAUAAAAGGCAGAAAAUUAAGGGUAGCUCCUCCCCAGAAGAACACGCCUGCUACGUCUGGAAGAAGUUUGUGCACAAAGCAAAAGCCAAACACAUUGCCCUCAUUGCUCACAGUUACGGCGGCUGCGUCACCAAAGAACUGUUUCUUCAGGAGAAGAAGGACUUCGUGAAAAGAGUCUUUGCAGUAGCCAUGACGGACUCUGUUCAUUACAUUGCAAAACCGAAUGCCUUCAAAGCACUAGUGAAGAUUUCUCGCAACUGGGUGAGCAGCUCACAUCCCUUGGACACCCCGCUCUCAGAUGAAGGCGGCGACGUCGCUCGAGUGUCGUCAGGAGUCAACGUCCAUGAGAAGACAUCUUAUGCCAGCAUGGAGAGCGUCUUCAAGUUCUUGGAGGCGCGGUACAAUGCUGUCACGAAAGGCGACGGCAAACCCGCAGAGGAAGAAUCAGGAGGAGGAGCAUGCUCCCAGGAAGAGUCCUUAGAUAGGAAAAUGAGCAUCGGGAGCGACUGCUUUGAUAUGGAUGAUGAAAAUAAAGCGAGGGUCGAUGCCGCCGGAGACCAUCAAAUGAGCGACAGCGAAACAGAAGGACAACCGUUGGAGAAUGAAGAAGGAAAUAAAGACGACGGCACUUUGGAGAGGGCCAUGAGCAUUGGGAAGGAAGGAGCCGUGGCUGACCGGGCUGACAGGACUGAAGAUAAGGAAAAUAAUAUUUAAAGUCAUGAGUUGCUUUUAGAUAAGGAAGGAAGAAGCAAGAUAAGGUUUACCUAUUGCUUUAGUAAAAUAUAAUAAAAAAUAUUUGAACUGCAAAAGAAAAAAAGGCCAUUUUGAGAAAACUGGCAAAAUAGGAAAAAAAUUAGAAAAAAAUAUUUCAGGAAAAUUAUUUAUUUGGGAAACGGAAUUCAAAGGGGACAAAUCAGCAUAUAUAUUUCAAGAGAUUAUGUUUUAGAUUAAAACACUGUAUUUGGGAGGAAAAAGUGUUUAUAACAAAUUGUGCUUCAUUAACAGUUAUUUUGAGGAUAGUAAGCUGUAGAAAAUUAAUACUUUCAGAACGAGAAACAAAAGCUGCCGUGGUAAGACAGAAAAAUCUCAGCAUAUAGGAACAGCAAAUUAAAAUACACUUCAGAUUAUUAUAAAAAAUAAUACGAAAAGCCAGCUCCUAAGAAUAGUAUAUAAAAACAAAACCACGGGACAAGCAAACAACUACUUUGUGAGCAAAAUCUUAAAAGAUUCAGAAAGACAUCUUUCUCAAGAAGCAUACAAAAGAAAAGAGAGACUAGAGAUCUGAUUUGGUAGUGAAGAGCUUCAUGAGGAGAAAUUAUUCUUUUAGGAUGGACCUAUACGGUAAUCCUUAAAUCAAGAGAGCCAUAUCAGGAAGUAAGAGAAAAACUUGUAGUUUGAUAAAUAAAUAACAUUUUAGUCGAAGAAGAGGCAGUCUAUAACAUGAGCACAAACUUAUAUAUGAAAGGUUUAAGUAGGAGUAAUUGAGCACUUGUAUGUUCAAACAAACUUUUGGUCGUUGUUUCACUUUUUUUAUGAUGUCAAACUUAUUUUUGUGUCUAAUUGUUUGCGUUAUUAGUGAAAGGACAAGUCCCUCAUGCAGUGUAAAGUAGUGGUUCCCAAACUGGGCUCCGCGGACCCCUGG